AUGGAAUCCUCUACCCGUGUUCAACAGGUCUCAGCACUAACUUUUGGCACCAAGGAGUACGAAGUUACGGCAUACCUGGCAGUCCCCGGCAACGCGUGCAAGGGCGUCAUCUCUGGUGUCGAAGCGCGGCCUACGGCCGAGGUACUGACUGAAAACCUACGCUCUACCGGGAUCAACAUCCUCUAUGCCCGGAUGAUGGGACAAACCAACACCGCUGCCAUCACCUUCAAAGGCAUCAAGGUACCACGCUUCGUGUAUCUAUCGGGCGGGGAAUACCCCUGCCGACCGUACCAGUUGAGCCAGCAAGUGUGCGGCGUGUGCCUAGGCCUAGGACACCGCACCGAUGUCUGUCCACAACCAGAACAAAGCCGCUGUACUACGUGCGGCGCGCCCGGCGGAGCCAUGGAAGACCAUGAAUGCACCGCCCACUGCAUUAACUGCGGAGGCGAACACCUGGCAACCGACUCUCGCUGCCCAGCCCGCCAAAGGGCCCCCUACAACAAGAAACACGUCGCGCGGUAUCCGGGAGAGAAAGAACAACAACAACGAACUCCACCGUCGCCGCCCCCACCGCUAACAUACAAUGCCUUGGCGAGUCACCACUGGCCGGAACUACCAAGCUACAACCGCGUGAACCCCGACUCCACCAUCCCCACUAACGUGAAGGAGAAGGAAUAUGAUCGCAGCAGCUCAGGUCCUCCCCCGGGACAGCCGAGCCACACCAACAGGAACGCUACCCUAGAAAGAAACGGCUACAGACGCAACCCAAGCGACAAUGCCAACAAGGCCAAAAUCCAGUGCUCGACCAGAUCGCGGAGCCCACAGGGAAAGCGUGCACAACAACGGUGGACGGACCAGCGAAACCAACCGGAGAUCAACACCCAAGAGCCUGGACACAAGGGCGCAAAUCGAAACGCCCAAUCCCUGCUAGAAUUCAAGACCGAAAUCAAAGAGGACAUCAAGGAGGAUUUUGAACGCGUCCGAGAGGAACUUAAAGCUGAGGCCAAGCAGCUCAAAAAAGAGCGAGGCGAAACGCUCCAAAAACAACCACGCGAGAGCUACAUGCUCUCAUAA